GUCCUUCCUCACUCAGGCUGGUCCUGCCUUCCACCUAGUUUACGUGGUAAACAUGGAUUUCUCAACUCAGCUCAGACUCUGGCUCCUCUGUGUACCCCAAGCAGACCAAAGAACCGAGCCACGCCAGGAGACAGACCGCCAAAAUGUACCACACCGCGACCGACAGCUCCAGCCUCAUGCUCCUCAUUUGUUGGGCCUGCCUCAGCGUCGAGGCCUACAUUUGUCCAGUCUAUCGUACGGUCUUCCCGACGUACGAUCAAUUUCGUUCGGUCUUUGUUCUGAUGGGGUUCACUUUCGUUGAUGGUCUUCUCGAUGUCGUUCGAGCUGGUUCUCCUCCUGCUCUCUCGUUUUUCGAGUCUCUUCCCUCCGCUAUCCCUCGGCAUGCUUGGGGUGUUUACGUCCUGGUGCUCAAAAAGCCAGGUUACAAGUCACUCAUUUACGUCGGCUCUGGCACCGAAGCCAAGACUGGAAUACGAUCUCGCCUGCGCGACCAUGCCACGCGGAGGACCGUUCCUAGCGGCGUGGAGAAGGCUUACGCCGCGGGAUACACGAUAUCCCAUUCAGCUGUCCUCGCGCAUUGUCCUCUACCUUCUGCGGCCAACGUACCUCUGUUUCGUCUUGUCGUUCUCGCUCUCGAGGCCGCGUUCAGUUGUUUCUUUUGGGCUAUGCGUUCCCGCACCAAAUCGUACAGUUUCGACAACGUCUGUCCCUGGUCUCGGGAUGCUUUCACCUACGGCGGUCUAUGCAGCCACAGCUCUCUCAUGGAAUCAACGUACGGUCUUGACUUUACCGCGGAGGAACUUGAAGCGAUGGCUGCCACCAGCGCGCAGCACAAACGGGACUACGAUAGAGCCUACGGUGCCAACCUCCGCGCCAACCCGACCGAAGCUUACAAGGAAAGCCAGCGAGCUGGACGAGCGAAGCAUGCACCCAAGCUCAAAAUCAAUCAGCAAGCCGCCGUGCAGAACAAGACCUACCAUUGCGACGUCUGCAAUGUCUCCUGCCGCGAUAAUGCAUCCCUGGAACUGCACAACAAGUCCCCCCGUCAUAUCCAACGAGCAGACAGAGGCACUGGCGACUGGGAAUGCGCACCCUGCAACUUGUCAUUCAAAUACAAAUCGGCCUGGGACAUUCACGUUAAAAGCAAAACGCAUCUUCGCAUCAUCGGCGACGAUGAGCUCAAGGGCUAUGGCAAAUACUACUGCGAUCCAUGCAACGUCGGAUUUACUCUUCCAGGCCAAUGGGAAGCUCACAUCAAGACUGGAGGCCACAUCCGCAAGACUGGAGCUCCCGCACCCGACCCCGAAGACAAGAAGUUUCAUUGCACUACUUGCGACAAACGUUUCGGCUAUCAGUCUCACUACGAUGCUCACUGUCGCACCCAGAAGCACAUCAAGAAGACAUCGACUUAAUGACACGACUUCCGAUGCAUCGUGCAUGGAAUUGGUCAGGACGAUACACUCGGCAUCUCUUUCCAAGUCACUGGUUAUCUAGCCUUCACGUAAUGAUAAUGUAAUGAGAAGCGCGACUACAACGAAAAGGAAAGGAUAUACAGCACCGGCGGCGCAUGGGGCAUUUACAGGCGUCUUGGGAUCUCCUUCUACUCAGUCCGUAGGAACACGAAGUC